GUUGCCUUACAGCCUACGCUUCUGUACCUCCAAAAGAGCAAGUAUUUAGAGAGUUGUGUUGCUCCAAAACCAAACCUUCUUCUCUGUUAUUGAGAAGAUUUUUGCACCACAGCCUCUUUUGCCUUCUCAAAUAUCAUCACCUGAUUAAAAGACUAUUUAAAGCCUCUCUUGCCCUCCGUUUAACUCCAGAUUUUUCGAUUGAUUCGCCAUUUAGAACCUCAAAAGACCAUCUGAAACUAUUCGGGACUUAAAGGGUGUUAUGAUGAAUGACACUGUGAUUCUCGAAGAAGGUGAACAGAUGGAAUUGCCUCCGGGGUUUCGAUUCCACCCGAACGACGAAGAGCUGAUCACUCACUACCUCAACCCAAAAGUUCUCGACGGUGGCUUCUGUGCAAGAGCCAUGGGGGAGGUUGAUUUGAACAAGUGCGAACCGUGGGACUUGCCUGGGAGAGCAAAAAUGGGCGAAAAGGAAUGGUACUUCUUCUGUGUGAGAGACAGGAAGUACCCGACCGGUUUGAGGACGAAUAGAGCAACCGAAGCUGGUUAUUGGAAAGCCACCGGUAAAGACAAGGAGAUCCAUAGGAUGAAGAAGUUGGUUGGGAUGAAGAAAACUCUGGUUUUCUACAGGGGAAGAGCUCCUAAUGGCCAGAAGUCCAACUGGGUCAUGCAUGAAUUCAGACUAGAAGAUGGCAAUCAACAUCAUCUUUCAAACCCACAAAAGAACGACUGGGUCAUAUGCAGAAUCUUUCAAAAAAGACCUGAUGGGAAGAAAGCUGAUCAGCCUGUGACUCCGUCUGGUGGUCUAGAGAGGCUGAGCACGUUUGACAAUGAACCGAGACCAUCUCUCUUGCCUCUGCCUCCAUUGGUGGAGUCGUCUCCAUUCACCACCUCCUUCUCCGAUCGAGCCGAGGAUCACAACGCUCAGAACGACCUCAUGAUGAGCACGCACAACCAGAAGGCUCACCUCUUCCCUCCUUCGUCUUCAUCGGAGCUAGACCCGUCUCUCGAUGCCACGCCUUCGUUCGGCUGGUCCGACACGGUCUUCAUGCACGAGCAGUCGAUCCUGAGGAUGCUGCUCGAGAACUCCGCGUCGAACGCAAGAGCGGAGUACGCAGAUUUCUCGCAAGCUAAUCGCCCGAGCAGAGAGACGAUCCAGACAUCUUUUCAGUGCGAUGUGGAUUGCCUCUGGAGAAACUGAGGGUGGAGAUGGAAGGUUAGGCAUCAAAGUGAAGGUGGAGAGCACGGUGGUUUAGAUGAUUCGAAUCUUGUUCUUCUUCUUUCUGGUUUGCUCUUCAUGGGUGGAAUAGGCUGGAGGCUGUCGUUGUUUGAAGAGGCCUUUUGUGUUUGUGCCUGUGUCUGUACAGUCUCUGCAUCUUCAUAACUUUUUUGGUUUCUGC